AUGGCGACCGAGGACGAACGUUACCGGUCGUCGACUCAGUUCCGGCUCUGGUCCUUCUCGCCAGGCCAGCUCGCCGAGCUGCGCGCCAAAACCAACGGCCUCGCCAGGCAGAAUAUCUCAGACCGACUCGCCUCCUCGACAGCAUCCUCCUCGACCGUCGCCUCGGCGAACCCGUCCGGUUCCAACACUCCGAUACCCACCGCGCACACCUCGACACCCGCUACUGACCCAACACAAGUCAGCGCAGCAGCCGCGCCCGCCGAUGUGCCGACCGAGUCUACAUCGUCCAUGAACAGGGCCCCUCUGCCCGAGUUCCUCACGCCCGCCGAGGAGGAACAACUCCUGCGCUUCUACACCGUCGAGUGCCUACGCGCCGCUGAGUUCUGCCAGCUGCCAACCGAGAUCCGCGCGACCUCGGCAAUCUUCCUGCGCCGCUUCUUUGUCACGCACAGCAUCAUGACGUACCCGCCGACCAAGAUGCUCAAGACGUGCCUCUUCUAUGGCUCAAAGGCCGAGAACUCAUAUCCCCGCGUCAACAGCUUCGCCGAGAAGUUUCCGAACACCACGGGCGAGGAGAUACUGGCCGGGGAGUUCCUGCUAUGCCAGGGACUCAGAUUUGCCUUUGACGUGAGGCAUCCGUACCGAGCACUGGAGGGUGCCAUUAUGCAGUUACGGACGUUUGGGGACACAGAUGAUGCAAAGAUCUCCAGAGCGCAAAGCCGCGGUCGCGACAUUCUCAAGUUCAGCCCUCUGGUCACAGACGCCUACUUCCACUACACCCCCAGCCAAAUUAUGCUCGCCGCAUUAUCCAUGGCAGAUCAUGACUUGUUCGAGCGCUUGAUAGAGGCCAUGUUCCCCCACCAACCAAACGGGGCCUCAAAUGCGUACAAAGUCGAGGCUCUGAGCCAGGCAAUCAAGGAGAAGACGGUGUCUACAGUGAUGGCGUGCAAGGACAUGCUCAACCAGGAGCCACCAGAGCGGAUGACCAACUUCUGGGGGACACCCGAAGCCAAUUCCUUGGUCAAGCCACUCGUCCGGAAGCUCAAGAAAUGUCGGGACCCAGACCGAUUCGACCUGAUCGGGCUGCAUAAAAAGAGGCUGGAAUUCAAGGAGAACGAAAAGAAGCCAUCUAAAGGCGCAGUAGAGGACGACGGGGCCGUCUUCGGUGGCAGUAAUGGUACAGGCAAGGGUGACGCAGACCGCGACGCUAAGAGGCGAAAGGUUGCCGAGGACCCUUUCGGACCACCGUUGUAG